GGGCUCCGGAAGAGACAGCGGGUGAAACACGCCAAGCGCCAGGGACCCACUGUGUGCGCAGGCGCACUCAGCGAUCUCUUGCUUCUCUGAGAGCCCGUUCCCUUGCGGGCCUCGGGGGGCGGGGCAGGAGGCGUGUCCCGGGGCGUGGCCAGGGGAGGCAGAGUCCGCCUUCCGCUCUUCCCCUAGCCGCCGCGGCCGCCGCAGUUGUCGCUAGGUCUUGGGAUCUGGGGAAGUCAUGCUGCCCAACACCGGGAGGCUGACGGGAUGCACGAUUUUCAUCACCGGUGCAAGCCGUGGCAUUGGCAAAGCAAUUGCAUUGAAAGCUGCAAAAGAUGGAGCAAAUGUUGUCAUUGCUGCAAAGACCGCCCAGACACACCCCAAACUUCCGGGCACCAUCUACACUGCUGCUGAAGAGAUUGAAGCAGCUGGAGGAAAGGCCUUGCCAUGUAUUGUGGAUGUGAGAGAUGAACAGCAAAUCAGCACUGCAGUAGAGAAAGCAGUCGAGAAAUUUGGAGGAAUUGACAUUUUGGUGAACAAUGCCAGUGCUAUCAGCUUGACUAACACAAUGGAAACGCCUACGAAGAAGGUGGAUCUGAUGAUGAAUGUGAACACCAGAGGCACCUACCUGACAUCCAAAGCAUGUAUUCCUUUUUUGAAAAAGAGUAAAAUUGCUCAUAUCCUUAAUCUCAGCCCGCCACUGAAUUUAAAUCCAGUGUGGUUCAAACAGCACUGCGCGUAUACCAUUGCUAAGUAUGGUAUGUCUAUGUGUGUGCUAGGAAUGGCAGAAGAAUUUAAAGGUGAAAUUGCAGUCAAUGCCUUAUGGCCUAAAACAGCUAUACACACUGCUGCUAUGGACAUGCUGGGAGGAUCAGGUAUUGAAAGCCAGUGUAGAAAAGUUGAGAUAAUUGCAGAUGCUGCAUAUUCCAUUUUUAAAAAGCCAAAAAGCUUUACUGGCAACUUUGUCAUUGAUGAAACUAUCUUAAAAGAAGAAGGAAUAAAAAAUUUUGAUGUCUACGCAGUUAAACCAGGCCAACCUUUGUUACCAGAUUUCUUCUUAGAUGAAUAUCCAGAUGCAGUUAUGAAGAAAAGGGAAUCACAGGGUGCUGUUCCAGAAUUAAAAGAAGAGAAAUCACAGCCACAAGCAAAGCCACAUUCUGGACCUGUGGAAGAAACAUUUAGAAUUGUUAAAGAUGCUCUCAGUGAUGAUGUUGUAAAAGCCACGCAAGCCAUCUAUCAGUUUGAAUUGUCAGGUGAAGAUGGUGGCACGUGGUUUCUUGAUCUGAAAAGCAAGGGUGGGAAAGUUGGACACGGGGAGCCCUCUGACCGGGCAGAUGUGGUGAUGAGUAUGUCUACUGACGAUUUUGUCAAAAUGUUUUCAGGGAAACUAAAACCAACAAUGGCAUUCAUGUCAGGAAAAUUGAAGAUUAAAGGAAACAUGGCUUUAGCAAUCAAAUUGGAGAAGUUAAUGAGUCAGAUGCAUUCCAGACUGUGAAGGAAAAGGAAGAAAAAUGUGGACUGCUGUGCUAUAAAAAGUAAAGAAACUCAACAGUUAAAAUCGAACAUUUAUUGUCUUCCCCAUGGUAUUACAAGGAUAUGCAUGUUUGUUCUAAAAACAUAGAUUUUCUGUAUCUGUAAGACCUGAAAUUAUAAUCCAAAUAGCUAGCCAAACAUGGGCUUCAUUAAGUGGAAUUCUAAAACUUAUUUUUAUAGUUUGAGGGUUUUGCCCUCUUGGCCUAAUAUCUCAUCCUGUCUUUUUUCAGGAAAAUUAUGUGUUUUAUACGACCAAUCAGGGUAAAGCAGUAAAAUUAGCUGUUUACAACCCUGCUUCUCCUGUAAAAUAAGGCCAGCUUGUUUAAAGUUUUUUUAGUUUUGGAUCAGAUACUAAUGAGAAUUGUAAUGAUAAUUUGGAGUUUUAUAUACUUCUUUUAAUCUAUGUACAUUUCACAGAAAUCAUCUAAUAAACUGCUUAACAAAUACUACUUGUCAGAACGAAGCGAAAUCAAGUUUUUCAUUUUGUUAGCCACUUUCCCAAUGCAGUUAUCCAUAAGAAACUACAAUGUACUCCAAGUAAUUGCAGUGUGCAUCCUAUUCAUGAAUAUAUAAAUCACAUUCUGUCUUGCUAUGGAUUUGCCUAUUCUGGACAUUUCGUAUAAAUGGAAUCACAUAUGGC